GUUGAUAUGUGGGUGAAAGUAAAAAAAGGGAGGGUUAAUGAACAAGAUGGACUGAAUUUUCCAACUAUGGUUCUGCACUCCCCUGAGUUGGAGGCUGAUUUAGUCGGCAUUUGACACUGACUGUCUCUCAACGCUUCUUGUUUCCAUCAAGUUUGUGGUGUGCUGCUUUUAACAGUUGUGCAAAGCCAGAACGGACUGUGGCAAUGAGUUGCAAAGGGGAGGAGGAGGAUGUGGUCAGAAGCUUUGACGGCGGCAUUACUUCCCUCCCUGGGGAGAAAGGAGAAGCUGCUGUACCUCCUCUCCACCUGACCCAGAUGUCCGAUGGAGCACCUUCAACGGCUGCUGGGGACCCUGCAACGGGCUCUGGUAAAGAAACCCCCUUUUGUCGUCAGCCAAGCUGGGGUGGGCUCCAGGGCCCAUGACUUACGUGGAGGGAGGUGGGUGCGUCUGCUGGCUUGCUCAACAGACCGUCUGCAUUCAGUGUCUCCCUUGCUCCACCCCAUCUUCAGGAUUAUGUUUCGUCCUUCACCACUUACCUACUUGGAGAUGAAACUUACCCAGGAGCAGAAGAGUCAGGACAUAGAAGGGAUAGGAGCAGCCGAGGCAGCAGCCAUGACGGGGAAGUGGAGACAGCACACUCUGGGUAAUGAAGCCGCUGGUUGAGGUGGGAGUGGGGGAGCUAUUUAUGCUUGGAGCUUUCUACCUCUUGAGUGGAAGGGUCUCCACAGCAGCUGGAUUCACCCUUUCCCCCUCUUCCCUGCAGGGACAUUCCUCCAAGGAGACAUCUGGAGGUCUUUGAAGGUUCGCUCACCGCAGAGGUAGGUGCUGGAAAAGAGGAGGCGGGGAAAGAGUCAUUUAAGCUCCGCCUCUCCUUCACCAUGGUCCUUCCUUUUUCAGAUAACCCCAGCCAACCAGGAAAUCCAGGCAGCAUCAGAAGCAGCAGAUCACGAUGCUCAGGCGACAGAGUCUGUUCACAAACCUUCCAAGUUGCCCAACAGAUCUGAGGGACAGAAAAAGGCUGAGGAAAAGCUCUCAGGUGAUGGAAAAUUCUAGAAUGUGCCAAAGUCACACUGUGGAGGGUCCGAUGGGUGUUUCUAGGAGGCAUGGUUUGCUACCUGGUUUGAUUUAGCUUGGAGUCUCCAUCCUAAACAUAAAUGUGUGGGAAGCGAUUAUGGUUGCUCAGUCUUGAGGAUAAAACCGUCUGCAUAUGAGCAGAGAAACCUCCAUCUUUCCCAUUGACACAUUCCUGGGCUAAUUUAUGCCAUUUGAAUAAGGUUCCAGAACUGGGACUACUGACCCAUGGCUCAUCCUGGAAAGAGAAAUCAAUAUAUUUAUAUUGGGCGCUGUGCAUGCACUGAUGUUUCUCUGCUAUUGUUUUUAUUGAUAGUGACCCUGAACGUUUAAUGGUCCUGUAUAACUUCAGAUUUUUUGGUGCUUUGUUACUGGGGAUGAUGUUUUAUUCUAAGAUCUUGCACGAUGAUGAUGAUGAUAAUUUGUUAACCUUGUUGCAGUUUACAAGAAAGUACGAUAAUAAAAAUAUUUUACAAUAAGAAAACAUCCUUAAUUUCAGGGUGGAACAAUAAUAUAGGAAUGUGUAUAUUUGUGGGGAGAAACCAAUAUCUUUAGGUUCUGGGGUGCUCAAAUGCAGAGCUGAAGAGACCAAGAUCUGUGUGACCACAGUAUGAGAUUCAUAGUGUAGGACCCAGGAAAGAGCCACUUCAGCAGUAACUCCUAGUAUUUGUAACUCCAUCAUAACUGAGGCCAUUAAGAUUCCUCUUUUCUGGUGGGUGUUCAGAGGAGGAGAGACCUGAAUGCUAUUAGCAAUUGUGAUUCAGUGAUAACUGCUACGUGUUUUUGAAAGAUCCUGGUUCAUCAGUUGUAUGCAUUUUUAUCUAUUUGCUUUGUUGUAAGCUGCCCUGUGGCUUAUGCAAAGGGAGCUAUAUAAUUCAAAUACAUAAUCCAAAUACAUAAAUACUGUAAAUGUGACCUUCCUAAUUUCUCCCCCACAGAGUCCUCUCAAUUCCCAGCUGAUGCUCCAAAGUCAAGCCCCACAGCAGCUGCGAUCAGCAGCAUCAGACAGAAAGAUGUGGAGGGGCCAACUGCUACUGAGGGACUCCAUCAACGGAAGCUAGAAGGAACCAGCUGGAUAGGAGGAGUUCAGCAGCAGGGGGCACUAGAGGAAGAGGCAGAUACAGAACAGCAUCAGCAUGGGGAAGCAGAGAAGCCCGAAGGCAAACAGCCAGAGGAACAAGGGCAGGGAGAAGAGACUUCAGAGGAGAGGGAGGAAAAACAAGUGGGAACUGUGUGGUAUGAGGGGUUCCAGCAAACUGCACCAGAUUGGGCACUAUCUGUGGGAGAAGAGCAGAGAGGGAUGGUGAGGGCUGUGGGGUUUCAGCUCAGUGGGGGGGUGGAGGAGGAGGUCAAGAUGGUGGAGAGACAGCAGCUAGAGGCUGAGAGACAACAGGAAAACGAAGCAGAGAUGGAAAAGGACCUGCUGGAGGAAAUCAAUAUGGUGGUUGCAAAGGAAGGAAUUCCACAAGCAGUGCCAGGCAGGGCAGAGACUGAAGAAGACCAGGAGGAGAUGCUCAGAGGAGAAGCUGAAGCUGGGAGAAGCCAUCUGUGGGAGCCAAAGGAGGAAGUAGAAGGCACAAGAGAGACUGGUUGUGGUCAGGAAAAGGACCUGGGAGAAACUUUCUGGUAUAAGGGGAUUCAGGAAAGGGUACCAGAUUGGCCACAGUUUGUGGAGGUACAACAGCGAGGGCUGGAGGAGGCAACCAAGAUGGCAGAAGAUGAGCAGCUGGAGGUCGAGCAGGAACACAAAGAAGAUCCAGAGGCAGAAAGGCAGGAGGGAGAGACAUGGGCUGUGGGAUUUCACCACAAGGGGCUGGAGAAGGAGGAAGAAGAGGUCAAGAUGGCAAAUGGUCAACAGCUGGAGGUUAAGCAGGAACAGGAAGAAGAACCAGAGGUGGAAGAGAACCUGCAGGAGGAGUUAGAUAUAGCCGAAGAAGAAGAAAUUCAGCAAACAAUGCUGGGCACUGCAGAAACUGAGGGAGGGCAGGAGGAGGAGCUACACGAGGAAGAAGAGGCAGGGAGAUGCCACCAGUGGGAGCCAAGGGAAACUGCUGUGAUUUUGGAAGGGCAGGAUGGGGAGCCAAAGGGAAUAGCAGAGAACAGGGGUGGUCAGUGGGAAGAAGUGACAGGUGCAGAAGAGACAGAAGGGGUCCAGCAGAGGGAGGAAGAGGAACCUGUGAGAAAGGAGGCAGCAGCAGCAGAAGAAGUGGAACUUACAGGAGAAGAAUGGCUGGAGGAGAGUGACCAGGAGGGUGAAUCAGAGAGGCCGGCAGAAGCUAGUGGUCUUCUUGACAAAGAGGUGCUGGAAGCAGCUGGAAUCCAGACAAAGCAAACAGAAGAGAUGGAAAGUGGCCGACAGCAAGAACCCAUGAUGUGCACUUCCUCCAUCGCUGGGACGUUCCCAGUUAAGGUAAGCAAAACUAAAAUAAAAAUGGAGCAUGAUGGGAGUCAGGACUCUGGAGUUAACCAAUUCACUUCUCCUGUGCAGGUCGCGGCCCUGGAUACAAGUCACCAAAUGGAGCGGGUGCUGCUUCGCCGCAAGAGCUCUAUCCGGCGGGCGCCCAGCACAAAGAGACAGCCAGUGGAGACCCAGCCAGAGACGAUAAGCGUAGCUGAGGAGGUUCCAGCUCAACCACAAACACCGCGCAGGCAGAACCCAAGGCUUUCUGGGUAAAUAUGAAUAUCCUAUCACCACCACCCCAGGAGUUAACUUUGGAGUUUUGCCUCACUCUGCUCAUUCAUUCUCUUUGCCUCCCCAGGUUUGGGCCUAUGCACCCCAACAUGAUGGCUGAACUUCAGACCCGUCUGCGCAAGCCCCAGUGACCCAAGGGUGGAUUUCUGCAUUAUAUUUGAGCUUUCACUGGACGUAAAAACCGCCUCUGGAAAUCUAGGGGCAGUUUAGCACUCAUUUCCAUGUUAAUUGCUUUCGGGGUGGGGGAUAUCCAUUUGCAACCCUGUUAAUGCAGAAAAUUGUGGGAGAUGAGUGAUGAAGUUGGGGGUACUCUACCAGCGUACAGUUCUCUUGUGCCAUUUUCAUGCGUGAAUCAUGGGGGGACAGAAGUGCGCAGGUGCAGAAAGGGUGGGGAAGCGGCCUCAUGUCCAAUGACAUUUGUUGUUGUAUCACACCUCACCCACUGGUGUGAAAAAGAAUUAGUGCAGCAUGCCAGCAUAUUGCUUGAAAAGCUACAGCAGUGUGAAAGCAACGUUAGAAAACAGGGCAGGAGUGCUAGUGUUAUAAUCAGGAAAACCACCACAAAAUUCUCAUGUCUGAACUUACCCCUGUGAUAGGCUAAGGCAUAGGGUGUGUGUGUUGGGGGAGCAAGACUAGAAAAUGGGGCUAAUGAUACUGGUUGCCAUUCAUAUCAAUGGCUCCUUCUGCAUUAGAGCCUUGUAGCGCUGCUGAGGCACUGCUUUUCCACAAUAAUCUGGAAGUGGAAUUAACACUCCACGUAAUACUUCAUAUAGCUCUUUCCUUCCUAAAAAAUCCUUCCUGCUCAAUCCAUUAAGACAGGGAUAGCCAACAUGGUGCCCUCCAGAUGUCAAUGGAUAACAGAUCCUGUCCCCCUUGACCACUUGCUAUGUUGGCUGGGUCAGAUCGCAUUUGUAAUCCAGUAGCAUGCAGUGGACAUCACUGGCUACCCCUGUGACAGUAUCUACAUCAGAAGCUCUAUCGAGGGUGCCACCACGUUCAAAUGUGAGAGAGCCUUUUCAGUGGUUGUGUCCUCCCGACUUUUAAAAUAUUUUUUUGUAACUAAGUGAAGAGGAUGUUUUUCUUUCUGGCUUUUUAACGAUAGCUUUAGUUCAUUUAACUAAAUUUAGUUAAUGUAGUUCAUUUAUUCCCGUUUAAUUGUUAUUUCUACUUUUGUUUUUAGUUGCUGUUUUCACCGUCAGAUGUGCAGUUUCUGGCUGGUUUAAAAUGUCAAAAUGUUGGUAUUAAAAAUUGUUUAAUUGCA